CCAUCUUUCCAUCUCGAGCGCAGAAGAGCAGCGGAUGUGUUGAUGCUUUUGGCCGUUUUGUUUUGAUUUUUAAACGUCCGGAGUCGCUGCGAAACAAACCCGAGCGGACGCGCCCUCCGUUAUUGUCCUCCCGGAAGCUUGCAGCCGACAGAAAUGCGGCGUGUGGCGGGUGUUAUGAGGUAGAUUGAGCCGCUGCUGCUGCGCUUCGGCCGCGGAGACACAUUUGAGUGUAAAUCCGCUGCAGGAGAGUUUCCGGCCCGCGCGAGCAGGAACCAUGAAUUUGCGAGAGCUGCAGCUAAACGGUCCAUGAUGAGCAGCAUGUCUGAAGAUCGUGAGGUGCGCUGUCUGCUGUAGAGACGCCACGCCUGACCCUGACCCUGACCCUGACCCUGACCCGACCCUGACCCACGGGUCCCACUGCCUGCUGGGAGCUGCAACUGUUUCCAAGUGUUUAGUCAUUUGAGGAGCUUUUAUUUCCAGAUCAGGAGCGCUUUCAGACUCCUUUCUCAUGGCUUUGAUUGCUCAGACACUAGCAGCGGAGAUCCUGUCUGCAUCGAGUGGCAAAGUAAUGAGGCUGUUUCUCUGGGCAGCGCUGUGAGCGUCUCGCUGCGGUCCAGCCGCAGAUCCACCUCGCGUUCAGGAACAUUGUGCUCCGUCUUCCCUCUUCUGAGCGUCAGAAUGAGACUUUGUGUUGGGACAGAGAACAGUGUGUGAUCCCUCACGAGCGGUUUUGCACUGAUCCAGAAAGAUGAAUGGAGGACAAGAGAGGGCGGGUGUAGAGGGCAGAGGUCAGCUGGUCCAGGUGCCCAUCGGCUGGCAGCGCAGGGUGGAGGCCUCGGGGGUGCUGUAUAUCAGUCCGAGUGGAUCAGUGCUGUCCUGCCUUGAGCAGGUGAAGUCGUACCUGCUGACCGAUGGAACCUGUAAAUGUGGUCUGGAGUGUCCACUCAUCCUCCACAAGGUGUUCAGUUUUGACCCUGGUGCGGUGGUGAAGCAGAGGACUGCGGAGGAUGUGAAGGCCGAUGAGGAUGUGACCAAGCUCUGCAUCCACAAGAGGAAGCUGAUCGCGGUGGCCACGCUGCACAAGAGCAUGGAGCUGUCUCCUCCGUCUCUGACGCUCACCAGCCCCGGCGGAGGCACCAGUGUGACCUCCGUGACCCCUGCCGCACAGCCUCGAGCAAUAAGGAAUAAAACCCACGAGGGUCAGCCAGAAUGUAAGAACCCGUUCAAGGCCAUGUUGGCGGCGAGGCAGCGGCGCUUCUCUCCGGAUCCGUGUGGCAUGCAGAAGCAGGAGGUUUUCCCUGUGUAUUCCCGGCAGAGGCUGGCCAGCGGUGACCGUAGCGGGCAUGUGGCCCUGCUGAGCCCUCCCUCGCAAGCCUUCGGGGACGGGUCUCUGUCCCCACGAACUGAUGCUAUCGGCAGUCCUGAAGGGUUCGUGCGCAACACCCCCUGCAGCUUCCAGGGGACCGGCAGUCCUGGGGCCAUGCACAGCAGCAGCCGCAUCCCUCUGUCUUCUCCUGGAGCCAUGACCCACGGCUCUCCCGCCUCCCAGUCGUCCUGUGUCAUGGCUGGAAGGAUUAACAUGCCUCUGUCCCCCCCAGUCUCCAACAAGAGCCCGAUCAUGAAGAAGCCCCUGUGCAACUACCCGGCCAGCAUGGACUCGAGCAGGACUGUGUUUCAUCACAAGGCCCCGUCUGCUCCCGGCCCACCGCUGCCACCUCCCUGUGCCCUGCAGAACAAACAGCUGUGCUCCGAGAAGGACCCUCUUGGCAUCCUGGAUCCAAUCCCCAGUAAACCCAACCCCUCCACUUUCCACCCUAAUGCCCACUCUCAGGUACCAAUGAUGAAUGUAAACAUCCCCCCCGCCAUCGUCCCGCUCCCGAGCAAUCUGCCUCUGCCCACAGUGAAGCCGGGGCCGGUGGGUCACAUGCAGAGGACUCCACACACCGCCUCCAUCUCCCCGUCGCCCGUCACCUCGCCCGUGCACAUGUCUGGGCCGGCCUUGGGCCGCAUGGAGUCAUCUCCGCAGCGCUCCCGUUCCUCCUCCACCUCCUCGGAGCAGGGCAGCUUCGCCGUUCCCCCCUGCAGCAGUAUGAAGGUCCCGCCGCGCUCGCCCAGGUCCUCCAUGAGCUCGCCCCGACCCACUUUACCUUCAAGCCCAUCUGGCAAGCCGGACAGUCUUCACCAGUACAAGGAAAUACCCAGCCAGCUGCUGGCCGGGAUGAGCGGUCAGCACAACCCCAUGUAUCCACCCGCCCCGCAGAAAGAUCACCCGGGCCUUUUGGGAAUGCCACUGAACCAGAUCCUUAACCAACACAAUGCUGCCUCUUUCCCUGCCAGCAGUCUCCUCUCUGCGGCCGCCAAAGCACAGCUAGCAAAUCAAAACAAGCUCGGGGGAGGCGGCGGUGUUUGUGUGGGAGGUGUGGCGAGUGCGGCGGCGUCUGAUGCUAGCAGGGCUGUCGAAGGCCACAGUACUCUAAAUACCAUGUUACCACCCAACCCUUCCAUGAUCAUGCCCAGCGGCGAGGGCCAGAGCGGACGGGCGGCGCUUCGAGACAAGCUCAUGGCGCAGCAGCGUGACCCUCUCCGCAAGCGCAAACUUCCUCCAAACGCUGCCAACCACGAGAACAGCUUCUUCAACAUGUCCAGCAUGAGGACGCCCUGUCCUUCUGCUGAGCAUAUGAGAAAAACCUCGCGACUGUCCUCCAACACGUCAAUGGCCCAGUUACUCCAGUCUCUGAGCAACCACAGCUCCCACAUGAGCCUUGGCAGAAACCCAGGCGUGUCCGGCGCGGUGCCUCAGAGCGCACAGGUCCAGCAGCGGCUGCACGGUCAGACGGAGGUCAUGCUCGUCCCCGGAGCCGAGUCAGCGGCACACGCAGCCCAGGGCCAGUAUCCAGGCAUGAUGAACCAGAUGCAGGCCACAGCGAUGGGAAACUGUGGACCCGUGAACCAAAGUGGACCGGUACCUGUCAGAAACCAUGUGCUGGGACACACGAGCGGUCACUUUCAGCAGCGAGUCCAGCCGAACGUCAGCUGUAUGCUGCCCAGUGGCACUGAUGCUGGCUGCUCACAGCCCCUGACCGAUGGAGGCGAGGCGGCGUCUCUGAGCUGCAGCAUGGCUAACACUCCUCAGAUGGGCAGCAUGAUGCCGGCCACGGGGCACAUGUACCACCAUCAGCAGCAGCUGCACCCGGCACUGCAGGGGGUCUCCGCUUAUCCGGGUCAGGGGCAUUCCUUCGCAACGGCUCCUUUUACAGACAGUAAUGUUCCCAACUCCAACAGCUUGCCUUGCCUAUACCAGGAUUAUCAGGGCUGCAUGCCUGACGGUGGCCAGCCUGCUAUGAGUUCUCAUUCUGGAGACGCAGGCCUGUACCGAGAGGCUCCACAGAAGCUGCAGGGUCAGGGGAACAUUUCUAUGGCGGGAGCGUCUGGAGGCCAGAGUUCAGUGGAGUCUGUCGAUGCAAUCUACAGAGCGGUGGUGGACGCUGCCGGUAAAGGCAUGCAUGUGACCAUCACCACCGGCGUGAGCGGCAGUACGCAGGCGAGCCCCGUCCCCGCGCUCAGUGCCAUGAGUGCCUUCACCGCCUCGAUCUGCCAGCCGCUCAGCCUACCUCACGCCGUUAAUGCGGUCAUACACGCGCCGCGUGGCUCGGAGGGGACGGAGCUGCCGUCGCAGCCUCAGCGUGGCCGCAUGCAGCUUCCCAACCACACGCGCAGAAGCUCAGAGCAUGGCAAGAACACGCCUGAUGGUGCAGACACACACGAGUAUUUCCGCUCACCUAGCGCCGCCACACCCCGUCCACAGUGGGACGAGCCCAACCACGCUCACUGGAGAGGUGAGGAGUUUCUGGAGUGCUCCACCCAGGUGCACAGCAGUCCAUGCAGCAGCAGAAGAGAGAGAAAGACCGGAGUCAUGGAGUGUCUGCAGGAGACCCGCGAGCCCUCCGACGCUCGGACAGAUGACAGUGCUAGCCUGCGGUUUAACCACCGUGUGAGAGAUCGACUGGAGCCGAUGGAGCGCUGUGUUCAGCUCAAUGGAGCGCUGCCUCGCGGAGGAUACGUGGAGCCACUGACCGGAGACGACCAGUCACCCGGCUCCUCCACCAGCUUGGAAGGGCCACUGCUCAAAGACUACACUCACUUCAACGGGCACUUUAACGGACACUGUGUGCCCAGCCCCUCGGACACCAAGAGUCUCAGCAGCGAGGAGGAGCUGCGGCACCCCGACUCUCCUUCGGCCGAGCUGCUGCACUACAGGCCCAGGGCCUUCAAUAUGGGCGAGCUGGUCUGGCCGAUCAAAGGCUUCCCGCCCUGGCCGAACAAACUGAUGGGAGAAGAGCAUGGGCACAAUGCCAACAUGCAGCUGUCAGAACAGGCCAAGGUGGAACCAGAGAAGCUGAAAACACUAACACAAGACCUUCAGGUGCUGGACAGAACCAGCAAAAAAAACAGGAAGGCGGGAAAACUGAAUCAUCAUCUAGAAGCUGCGAUUCAUGAGGCCAUGAGUGAGUUGGACAAGAUGUCUGGAACUGUUCACCAGGAUCAUCAAGUCAAACUGCCCAAACCCAAGAGGAGGAAGAUCUCCAGAUAACAGCAGCAUCAGGCGUCAAUGUCUCUCUCUCUUUGAUCGUGGUGCUACACUCUAGCAGACGGCUCAUCGUGGCUCCGCCCUCAUUCAGUGACUGACAGGUGCUGGAUCAGCCAAUUAGUAAAGGCAGCAAAAACAACUUGCUGAAGAACUAUUUUUUUCUAGCGUACAAGGAAAAAUAUAAAAAUGCAAAAAAAAAAAAAAUUAAAAAUAAUUACUGCAUUUAAGAACACAGACAGUCCAAAUAUUUCUGAUAUGUUUUCAAUGUGUAUAUAUACAAUACAGAAAUUUCAUGGUAAAAACAUGGGAAGAAGUGUAAAUACUGUAGGAUAAUGACAUGUACAAGCCAACUCAAUGCACACUUUAUCUUCAGCUGUACAAAACACAAAACAGAAAUGUCUCAUCGGUCCAUAAGGCCCAGUGACAUUACAAUGAAUAAGAGUCAAUCUGAGACUUUUCUAAGCUUCAGUUUGAGUUGUAUUUUGAGUGUGUGUGUGUGUGUGUGUGUGUCUGUCUGUCUGUCUCUCGGAGUGGACUUCACCAGCUAAAUGAGGUAGAUGGGUGUGACUCGAGCUCGUGGGCUUCUAUAUAUAUAUAUAUAUAUAUAGAGAGAGAGAGAGAGAGUUUAGGUCUUCCAGCACUAAACACUAAUACAUGAAUAUGUUUAUAAUUGUCCCGUGUCAUUUUGCUGUAUUUGUUGUAUUUUUUGUCGACUUUAUAUGGUUGUGUUGGUCUUUUCUUUGUGGAUUUGUUGUAUUUGAGUUAGACAGCACUGGUUAGUGAGGCUGCAUUGGAGUCGUUCAUACUGUAAUGGCCAACAAAAAGGAAAACUAGGGGCCUUAUAAUGGAUGUUAUAAAUGAUGUAUGGACUCCCUGUUUAUUUGACAUGUUCAGUAAACUUGGCAAUAAUAAAGCCCUGCGCAGAUACUGACUAAAGCCUUAUACUUAUGUUCUCACACACACACACACACACACACACACAUUUCAGUAUUAUUCAGUUAACACAGUGUUCCUUUGCCUUCAUAAUACAGUCAGAAUUUUAUCUGUUAAAGUUUCAUUCAUCAAGAAAUCGAACAGUACUUUUGGAAAAUCUGAAUUUCCUUGUCCACAUAAUGAUGACAGCCUCCAGUCUUAUCAGUAAUGUACUAAAGUUAGAUUGACUCUACAUGAAGACGGUCAGGAUCACUUUAUCUCAGUAAUGUGGCAUGGGGAAAAUGCUGUCAGUCUUUGGUGCUGCAUCAUCCUCACGUCAGGGGUCAGAAUCAGUCCGAGAACAGGAACACAAAAACUGAGACGUCACUGAGUGUAUCUCAACGUGGCCCAAUCUUGGUGUAGUAAUGUGGUGGUGUGUUUGAUUCUGCAUUAUGGAAAGACACAGAUGAACUGUAGGUUUGUUGAAUCUCAUACAGACUCGGGGAAAGUCCUGCUACCAUUAAGACUCAUGUUCUAAAAGGAGUUGAUGGGAAACACCACUUUGGUGAAAGGAGUUUGUUUUUGUCUUGGUAUCUGUUCUACUUUCGUGAAUAUACCAUCAGAAGGGUUAGAAAAUGGCUUUAUCACCGAGUGGGUUAGGGGUCAUAGACUGGGAGUUGGAACAGGUCAGAGGUCAGGAUUGGGCUCAGAAUCACUGGAGUAAACAGUGUCUCAUGGAUAUCUGCCAGUAACACUAACUAAAUAUGAAGAGCUGAUUGAAUUAUUUUUGUCUGUAAACUCUAGAAGUAUGUGUUGGAUUUGCAGCACAUUGCUGUGUGAAACACACACUCAUCAGUUUUCAUCUGUUUGAAACUCUAAAACAGGGCAGAUUAAAUACCAGAUAUUGGCAGUUUUUUCUCCUUGUUGAUCUUUACAGAAAUCUCACUACAAAAUUAAGUGCAAUAUUUCCAUUCAGUGGAACUGCGAACUAUAUCGGCACAAAUAUCAUUGUAAUGGUGUUUCAGAGGAGAAAUGGUUCAAGCCUGAACAGACUCGAUGGCUCGUGUGUCUCUGCUGGUGAAGUCGGCUCUGUCGUCAGUGCAGUGUUCAAACUCUUACUGUUCAAGGUCAAAAACAUUUUGUGUUCAUGUGGUCAGUUUUGCCCAAAACAUUUUCCAUUUAAAUUCUUGAGUCUUUUUCUUUCAUUUCCUCUCUCUCUCUUUGUGUGUGUGUGUGUGUGUGGACAUUUUUAUUUUAUUCUCUUUGCUUGCUAUUUUUUGAUUGGUAUCUGACUGGUAUUACAAACCAUUCUGAUGUCAAUAUUUUUUUUCAAUACAUAUCUGAGUAUAUAUUUUCUCACCAGUAUGUACUUUACAGCAGUUGACUUUGUAAAGUAUGUUGUGCACUUGAUUAUGUUUGUUUCUGAUAGCUUUGAUGUGGCUGUUAGGCUUAGUUUGUUAAAGUCCAUAAUUUCUUAUUGUUUAAUUAGAUUUUUUUUAAAGAUGUCCUAAACAGCAGUUUUGUAAAUAUUGUGAACAUUACAGGUCAUGCUGUGAUGUGACAUUGGAAUGAUGUUGCACCAAUGUUUCAAUUAAAACCUGGUCACUAAA